AACGUUUUCUGGGAGUGGCUGCCUAUGGCUUACACUCUGGCCAAACGGGGGACCAGCCAAAGCGGGAAGAGACGUCUGCAGCUGAAGGGAGCAGAGGCAGUGGACAGCACUCAGUGACAGGGAUCCCAUCCCUUUCCUUGCUAGCCCAGCAAUGAUGAUGACCCUGGGAGCCCGUGCGCUGCUGUGCAUCAUAGCUCUUUCUGUGCCCCCAGGUGACUGGUUUCCACAAGUAGUCAAUGGACAAUCAACAAUCAAGGCAAAUGAGCAAGGACCCUCCACUGCAAGAUCUGCUGGGUUGUAUCCAGGAUCUCCGACAGUUAGUCCUGCUAACUUUGAGGCCACAACAAAGCCGCAAGUUCUGGCUGACACUGACAGUGUGACAGGGGUACAAGAAUGCCGGGAGGAGCAGUUUCCAUGUACACGCCUGUACUCUGUUCACAAGCCUGUGAAACAAUGUAUCAGUUACCUGUGUGUGACCAGCAUGCGGCGCAUAUACAUGAUCAACAAGGAGGUGUGCUCUCGCAUCAUCUGCAAGGAGAAUGAAGUCAUGCAAGAGGAGCUCUGCCGCCAGCUGGCUGGUCUCCCACCACGACGCCUCCGCCGUUCCGGACGGCCCCUGGGCCCUCCCUGUCACCUGCCCCAGGACCAGCAGCUGUGGAAGCUCAAUGCUGUUUGAGCCAUCACUGCUAGGGGAAAGAGGAGGGUAGGGAGGAAGGAAGAGAUGCCCUUGCCCCACCCAGACCAUCCACUGCGUACCCCGAAAAGAAGCUCCCUGGCCUGCUGCAACGGCAGCCCCCACCCUCCUCCCCAGGUGCUGCCACAUGGAGUCUCCUCCCUGCUGGCCACUGGUGGCGGCUGCCAUCACUUCUCAGGUCAGAUGUGGAGAGAGCUGGGUCCUCACACCUCUCAUCCCAUGCUUGAUCUCGCAAGCUGUGAGCUGCUCAUUCCCCAGAGGUCCUUAUUAAAUGCACUUCUGCUCCAGCAGUGCCUCUCCAUUUUUGGGUGUAUUUUUCAAUGACCAGGGGAAACUGCUUUGCUCUCAUGGGGCCCUCAGUUCACUCUUGCAUUACAACCCUCAGAUACCUGCUACCUACAGGGAGAAGCUGUAGCACCUCCCAUAUAGGGGAAGAUACCCCAUGUGGUGGCUGAUUUGGCCUAUAUAGGGGCAGGAUGUACAGGGGCUGAAUUUCUCUAGUAAGAGCCACUCUGCAGAGGAAUGUUUCAAGGUGUACAAGGGGGUGGAGCUCCACCCUAUACACAGGCAUACUUUUCCUAUGGAGAGUGCAGCCUUUUUCUCUGGGAAGAGAGGGCCUGUAAGAAUUGAUCUGGCUUUCCAUUUGAGUCAAUGGCAACUUUCCCACUGACUCCUGUGGUGAAGGAUCGGUGUCUUGUAGAGGUUCUAGCACAAGCGGAGGAGGGUGGGGUGGAAAUCAGAUAUUAGAAGGAGCUCUUGGAAAUCGAAUGAGACCAAGUCUCCACUCUGCAUAUAGAACCAAAUGUAAACGUAUAUAGGUUCAGAAAUAUAUUGCAUAGGUGCUGUCCAGCAUAUAGAAAUCUAGGACUCAAAACAAUCUGAAGAAGUGAGUUGGGAACCUAUUCUGCUGCUUGAAUCUGUAGUGAAAGGAGUCCCCUGGGAGACAUUGUCUGAACACUAGAGUCCAUAUACUGCACAUGAAAAACCAUUAAAAGAAAACUUUAUUUCCUGUUAUUCUUAGCAA